CGUCUGUGUAUAAGGUUUGCAUCUAUACCUCGUUUAUGACUGUAGGUUAGAUAUGUAAAUUCAUAAAAUGAUACAGUAUAUUUAAAAAUGAUCGAUAGUCGCUUAAGUCGAUAGUUUUCUACUACUAUUAUUUAUGUUCAGUAUUAUGUAAUAAACAGCGCAGUAGUUUAAUAGAAAAUGUGUAAAAUGACUCGGCAACCUAAAAUAAUUGUUUUUGAUUUGGAUUAUACUUUAUGGCCAUUCUGGGUAGAUACACAUGUUACUCCGCCAUUUAAAAAAAAAGGGAACGAGGUGGUAGAUUCGUAUGGUCACGUGAUACGCUAUUACAAAGAAGUACCUGACGUUUUAAAAUGGUUAUCAGAUGAAAAAUAUGAACUUGGUGUCGCAUCCCGUACUUCAGAAAUUGACGGAGCUAAGCAAUUGUUAAAAUUGUUUAACUGGGAUAAAUAUUUCAAGUACAAAGAGAUAUAUCCAGGAAGCAAAGUAACCCAUUUAUCUAAAAUUCAAAAAGCAUCAGGUAUUGAUUACAAAGAUAUAUUAUUUUUUGAUGAUGAACAAAGAAAUAUUGUUGAUGUUAGCAAACUUGGUGUUACUAGUAUACUUGUAAAAACUGGUGUGACUCGAGCAGUUAUAGAAAAUGCUUUGAAAAUUUUUUCGUAAUUUAAAUUAGAUAUACAUCAAUAAUAUGUACAUGAUUUAAUUUAUUAAAGAUUAAUAUUUCGGUUAUAGAACUGUUCGUUAUUCAUUAGAUUUGAUUAAUCAU